AUGUCGCCGCCGGCACCGGCGCUGCUGGACGAGCUCCUCGAGGAGAUCUUCCUCCGCCUUCCGCCGGACGAGCCAGAGCACCUCGUGCGCGCCUCCCUCUCCAGCAAGCGCUGGCUCGGCCUCCUCUCCGGCGCUCGAUUCCGCGGCCGCUACCGUGAGCUGCAUGGAGCUCCCCCCAUGCUGGGCUUCCUUUAUUUCUUCCACUCCAACUCCCGCCCGGAGACGGAAGAUAACAUCCCACACUUUCUCCCCACCACCAAAUUUCGUGCGUGCAUCCCCGACGACGACUGGUUGGGCUACAGUGCGUUGGACUGCCGUCAUGGCCGCGUUCUCAUUGGCGAAGUGGCCUAUACACCAAUGACGCUCGUCGUUUGGGACCCCAUGACGGGCUGCCGGAGGGAGCUGGAGGCGCCCCCCCUGGUAGACAACACCUAUGGGGCCGCGGUGGUCUGCGCCGUGGCCGGCUGUGACCACCACACUUGUCACGCAGGCCCCUUCCAGGUCGUCUUUGUCGGCCUGGACCAUUGUCAUGAAGAUGAGUGUGUUGCACGGGCGUGCGUGUCCUUGCCGGUGACGAGUAACCACAGCAAGCCGGGCCUUCAAUCUCCUUUUGAUAAGUGGAGCAAGCCGUGCUCUGCUCUUCAUCUUGACUCCGAUUUGUACAUCUACGAAGCGCCCCCUGUCUUCGUCCAAGACGCACUUCAUUUCAAGCUUUGUAACUGUGCCGAACAUCGCGUAGUAGGAAUUCUCAAGUACGACAUGAGCACUAAUAGCUUAUCACUGAUUGAUAUGCCCCUUGCGUGGUCUGUCAAUGCCAAUGCUUCUAUCCUCAUGGCGAUGGAGGAUGACAGUUUGGGGUUUGCACAUGUCUACGGCUUAAUCCUCAAUCUGUGGUCAAGGCACAUGGGUUCUGACGGAGUUGCGUCAUGGACUCAGCGUACAGUCAUCAAUAUCAAGGACAUUCUUCCCAUUCGAAAUCCAAAUAAAGGACUUAGGCUGAUUGGAUCUGUGGAAGGCACCGAUAUCAUUUUCGUGACCACGGAUCUUGGCAUCUACAAGAUUAAUCUCAAGUCACUACAGUGGAAGAGGGAAUGGGAGAGAAAAAAGUUUCGAGCUUUCAUCCCGUACAUGAGUUUCCACAAUCCACAAGGUUUGCGGAAUGGUGGCGAUAAGAAGAAUCUGCUGGAGGGAUCGUCAGCGGAGAUGCGAGCUCAUGAUGCAGCGUCUGUGGCGCCGAUUGGUCAGCUGCCGAGAAUUACUCAGGCUGGGGAAGAUGAUCUUGAAUCUGAAUCGUACGAAGAUCCUGAAUCUGAAUCUGAAUCUGAAGAAGAUCUUGAAUCUGAAUCGGAAGAAGACUGA